GUUAUUUUGACAGGAAAAUACAACAAAUAAUAUUGUUUACAUGAUGCACGUCAAUUCUGCAUGGUAAGACUCUCUCGCUCUGUUUCUUUCUUCUCAUGUGUACGAGACAAAACAACUGCUCGUGUGCCUUCACACUAGAGUUUACGGUUCGUCAAAUACAGUGGUCUGGCUGUUACAGCUCCCAGUGAGACCAGCUUGCAAGUUCCUAUAAAUCUUUUGAAACCACCAAGGCUGGUAAGACCAGGGAGGGCAUUAAAGAGAGAUAGACACGAACCCUUCCCACAACUACAGCAACAAUUUAAGGAGGCCACUGAAGAAGAGGACCUUAAAGAAAGCACAUCCACAAUGAAGAACCAAAGCAGAGGUCUGAGUGUUAUUCUGCCCAAUAACAAAGAACUGAGCAUGACUGUUGGGCUUAAAGACAGAGGUCUAGACGUGUUAAACCAACUGUCUAAUCUGCUUUGUAUAUCCAGUCUUCACCUCUUUGGCCUGAGUAUAGUAAAGGACAAUCAACCACUGUUCUUGGAUCUGGAGCAAAAAUUGUCCUUGUACCUCCCAAAGUCUUGGAGAAAGAAUACGUUAAAGGAGAAAGUGAUUCUCUACCUGAAAGUGCAGUACUUUGUAGAAAAUGUUGAACUCAUUUUAAACAGUGAAGCCCGUCAGCUGUAUUAUGCUGAGCUGAAAGCGAAAGUUUUGAGAUCUGAGUGCUUUGAGCAAGAAGGAUUGUACUUCCAGCUGGCUGCCUAUGCCCUUCAAGCUGAACUGGGAGAUUCUGAAGCACAAGUCUUAAGCCCAUAUUUCAGCCCACAGGGAUUUUUCCCUUUUUGGAUUGUACAGAAGCACGGGAAUGAUUAUAUCCUGAAGCACACCCCAGCCCUGCACAUGGAGCUUAAAGGAAUGUCAUCCAGCGAGGCUACCUUGCUUUUCAUACAGGAAGCAUUUACCUUGAGUGAUGUGCCUCUUACCAUCUAUAGAUUAUUCAAAGAAAAGAACAAACCACAGAGUUGUGUCCUCAUGGGUGUGGCAUCCACAGGACUGCAGAUUUUUGAGGGACACACCGAGAGAUGUACAUCACAGAUGGAGCUGAUCUGGACAUGGAGGACAGUGAUGAUGAGCUUCCACCAUUGAAGUUGCUUAUAGACAAUAUCCAGAAGCAAACCAUUGGCACCACUGAAUGUAGAAAUGCUGAAGGUUGUGAUGCUUCGAAUGACACUUGCUGUUUAGAAAUGAGCGUUGAUGAGCCAGAAGAAAUGUUUGUAGAUGAUCCUGAAGACAUCCUGCGUUUAGUUGAGCUGGUGGAGGGUGUAUCAGUGGAUGGUCCUUUAUACUUUUUCUCACUGGAAAAGUGAAAACAGGGUGUGGUGUUUAGUUUAGCUUCUUAAAUGUCAAAUAUAAUCACUAAUGUUCAAAAGUUUGUGGUCAGCAAGAUUUUUUUAAAGAGGUUUUAAUGCUCAUCAGGAGGCUCCAUUUCCAAAUCCAGAAAAAGAUCAGUGUAAAAUAAC